AUGGAGGAACCGUUACCCGGGAUCACUCCCAUCAAUUGUUAUAAUGUUGAAAAGGGUAAAUUAAGUGCAUCGGUGAAAUGGUUAAUUGGACAUGUUUACGGAAGUACUGCUCCUGAUCUUUUAAUUAAGCCGAUCAAAGAGAACAGCAAUAAUACUUUUUGGCUGGAAGCAGCCGUAGUGACGGGUUUAACUAAUGCGUCGUUGUACAGUAAUGCUGCAGCUAAAAUAUUUAAGGACCAAAGUCUUCUUAAUAAACCACAUAGCGUUGUACUUCGAGCUUUGGCAAGUCAUUCCAUUCCAAUCACGUUAUCCGGCGAAGAAGCAAAUAUCACUGAGGCAAUGCUGUCAACUAUUGAACCUUUUCAUCAGGCUGCCCAUUUGGCAGUAAUGGAUUCUUUAAUGAUUGCACAUAUGCGAUCCAUUAUUACUAUUGAUAAAGUGGUAGAAGCUGUCCAGAAUUACACAACUGUUGAUAAACGAGAAGAACCAAUGGAUAGUGUUGAUGCAUUGCUGUUUUGGAUUAAUAAAAUUUGUUUAUUGGUACGAGAUGACAUGGAAAAAUUUACUAUGAUGAAUAAAAAUUCUAGAGAGCAAUAUGGGUCAGUGGUAGUGCCCGAAAUGGAAGAUCUAUAUGAGGAUAUGUGUGAUGGCGCUUGCAUUUGCGCACUUGUUGGAUUUUAUCGACCUAAUGAAAUGAUCUUACGAGACGUUUGUUUCAACGAUCCAAUGAGUCUUGCCGAUUGUCAGUACAACUUAAUGCUCCUUAGGGAAUUCUGUUCCCAUCUACCAUGGAAUCCAUUUCACUUCGAAAUUGAGGAUAUUCUAUACCUUCAUGAAAGUUUACAACCAAAUGUAAACGCCUUUUUAGCUGAUCUUUUUCAAAUUUUCGAAGGAGAUGGCGUAAGAAAUGUUGGAAGUCCUAUAGAGGCAUCACCUCUACGUGCAAGAUGUUUCGUACCAGUAAAUGGCAUACCUAAUUUACGAUCGCAAACUGCUCCAAAUAAAGUACUUAAUCAAUUCAGAUCUCGUUUCCAACCUGAAAUUUCACGAACAUUUUCUGCGAUGUCUUCGGACUCACUAAUGACCAAUCGCUCGGGUGAAUCAAUGAAACAUCAUUAUCAAAAGAAUUUUGCUGGCUCUAAGACCAACUUUGGUGAAUUAUUGAAAAUUAUAUAUUUACAUUUCUUUAAAUUUUCGACGCAAUGUGGCGAUCAUGUUAGCGGUACGGAUGGUUUUUCGCAAGGAGGAACAUACAUUCGCAGUGAUUCAAUGCCAGCUGCAAGUAUACGUUUGGCAUUGGAAGAAAAGCGACGUGAACAUGAAAAAAAGCGUUAUUUGAAAACAAAUCAGAAUGAGUCAGAGCGUGCACAGAAACAGAAGGAUGCAUUCUUCACACUUAUGCAGCGUCUGGAAAAAGGUUCCGAUGCACGAUCACGUGCAGCAAGUGAAAUAGGUAGCUCUCAAACACACCAAUCAGAAGAAUUAUCUUUCUUGAAGGAAACUGUACAGGAUUUGAAGAAACGACUUCAAGAGAUGUCGGUACAGCAGGAGCAUUUGAGUCGUCAGGUAGACGAACAACGUCAGAUGACACAUGCCAUUUCUCAACCUGCUAUCCAUACAGAGUUUGGUUUGAUCAAUGACGCAAAUCACAUGCUUAAUGGUUCUUAUGCAACUCUGCCACAUAAUGCAGUAAAAUCGAUGCGUCAAGCACAGCAGCAUACUUACGCAACACCUUAUAUGACUCCUGUAGAACCACAGCUAUUCGGACAGUCUACAUCAGAUCAAAAUCAAACGUUCCCUACGCAUCCACUGCAGUUGCCCCUGAAUGGAUAUACCAAUCAACCAGACUAUCAGUCGACAGUGCCUGUGUAUGCAUCUCAGGUUGUUCAUGGUUCUCAACUAUCAACACCACAGUAUCAACUGAACCUGGAUGGUUCAUACGUUUUACAUUCACAGGAUACUAGUACACAUCCUGCUGUUGGCUCACCAUUUGUGCUUACUAAUGCUGUUGCUAAUUCCACUGCAGUUGCACACAAUACAUUUCGACUUCAUCGGAAUGAUGCAUCGUCGAGUCGUUUGGAUCCAUCGCUUGAAAUAAAUCGCAAUUUGACAAAUUGGGGUCUUACGUAUAAAGCGGGGCAGGUGAUACGGCCACAAAGACGUACUUGGGAAAAUAGAACAUUUACGAAAAGUGAAAUGGAUCUAUCGAAUCAACCUGAGUUCUUACCAGGCGUUCCUUCACAGCUACAAAGCCAGUCAUCGGAAGCAUCUGAAAAUAUAAAUGGUGUCAAAGGUGUAGAGUCCAUAUCCUUGCAUCAAAGAGAACCUAAUGUGCUGCAGCAUCUUCAGCAAACCGAUUUCGAUCCUUACACCAAGCAGAAAGAAAAUGAUAAACCUGGGCAUCAGCAAAGCCCACCGAAAGAUCCCAUUUCAUCUACAAAUGCCGAUGUACCUUCUCUACCCAGAAAGCUUUCAUCUACGCGUGCUUCACAGUUCAUUGUUGAUGAUGCAGCCGAUAAACCUGUUAUCAGCGUGACUCCCGAAAUGGAAGCAAAACGUGAAGCUUUGUUAGCGAAAACUUUACGACGUCGUGAACAAAUUGAACAAAAAGUAGGGGAAAUUGAAGCUAAAAAUGCUGAACGUAGGCAAGCUGAAUUGGAAAGGCAGGAAGCUGCUGAACAACGGAAGCGUGAGCGUGAAUUACAAAGGCAGAGAAUAUUAGAUGAUUACAAGCGUAAAAAGAUGGAAAAGGAGUUGGAAAAUAUUGAACUGCCUAGUGGUCGAGGAUAUAACCAACUGUCUUUAGUACAGCGACCGAAAAGCACGAUGGAAGGAACGAAUCAUCGAAUAAAGCGUUCAGGUCGACCGCAAAGUAGCUUUGAAGAGAGUAGUGCACCAUCAUCAGCUCGUAUUCCUGUACCAAGUACUGCUGAACCAACACUAAAAUUGUUUUCGAAAUAUGUUCAUAAGUCUAAUCGAUCAAUGAUUAUAAAUGCUUUGCAAUAUUCGGUAUUCCCUGGAACUGUUUGGGAUAAACAGCGUGCUGAAGUGCUUGGUGAACUGGCAAAAAGUGACAGUAAGCAUUUCCUUUUGCUGUUCCGGGAUCAAAAAUGUCGCUAUUUAGGCGCAUAUAGUUGGGAUCAGCAAUCAGAUACCGCACAUCGUAUUCAUGGAAGAGGCCCUAAUAUUUGUCAUGAGUCGAUGAUAAAUCUUAUGUUCAAGUAUGAUUCGGGGGCGAAGAAAUUUUCGCAGAUACCAACAAAGCAUCUUUCGGCCACAAUUGAUGGUUUUACAUUACAAGAUCAUUAUAUGCAGGGUCCAAAAAUUCCACACAGUAACAGCAUUAACAGGUAG